CACAUCGUCUUUGUUGCCUUUCUUUUUCUUGUAAUGUCCGCCGAUACACACCCUUCUCAAAACACAGGUACCGCGGCUGUACCGACCAUUCAGCGUCUGGACGAGGCUGUCGUUAACAGGAUUGCUGCCGGAGAAAUCAUUCAUCGACCAGCAAACGCCCUCAAAGAACUAAUCGAAAACUCGCUCGAUGCAAAGUCGACCAGCAUUCAGAUCUCUGUCAAGGAUGGUGGCCUGAAAUUGCUGCAGAUCCAGGACAACGGACAUGGUAUCAAGGUCGAGGAUAUGUCGAUUGUUUGUGAGCGAUUCACGACGAGCAAAUUACGGAGCUUUGAUGAUCUAUCGUCCAUGUCGACAUAUGGCUUUCGAGGGGAGGCUCUAGCUAGUAUUAGCCAUGUCGCCCAUGUCACCAUCACCACGAAGACUAAGGACUCAAACUGUGCCUUUAAGGCAUCGUAUUCAGAUGGAGUGAUUAUACCUGCCAAACCAGGAGCUACUGCAGAACCCAAGCCCUGCGCCGGCAAUAAUGGCACCCAGAUUUCGGCUGAAGACCUGUUUUAUAAUGUCCCAACAAGACGGAAGGCACUUAAAAAUCCAACCGAGGAGUACAAUCGGAUAUUGGACAUUGUCAACCGAUAUGCGAUCCAUAACGAAGGAGUGAGCUUUACUUGCCGAAAAAUCGGCUCCAAUACUCCUGACGUCCAUACAACAACUGCCUCGGCUGUUCUCGACAAUAUUCGACAGAUCUAUGGCUCUUCAGUCGCUAAUGAGCUAUUAUCCCUGGAGCAGAGCUAUCCAAUCUACUCAUUAAAGAUCAAAGGCUGGAUUUCAAACGCGAACUACAGCGUGAAGAAGUUUGCUUUCCUGCUCUUCAUCAACCACCGAUCCGUUGACUCUCCAGCAAUUCGAAAGGCAAUUGAGUCGGUCUAUGCAGGAUAUCUUCCAAAAAAUACACAUCCGUGGGUAUACCUGUCGUUGGAGAUGGAUUCAAAGAAUGUAGACGUCAAUGUCCAUCCUACCAAGCGCGAGGUGCAUUUUAUCAAUGAGGAGGAAAUCAUCGCAAAGAUCUGCGAUGCUAUUCAGGAUCGACUCGGCGAUGCCAAUGUUUCUCGCAACUUUCUGACCCAAACAUUGCUGCCACAAGUAAGCGCGAAGAGUCGCACCGAAGAGACAUCAUCUAAAAAGACAGCCCCGAAGAUAUACGAAUAUGAUCAAGUGCGGACGGACAGUCGGGCUCAGACAUUGGAUUCGUUUUUGAUCACCAGAAGUUCUGGAGGGUCACAUGGUCGGAUGGUCAGUCCAGCCAAUGGUUCAGGUUCACUGGAGCAAGGCAGCCUAUCCAGUACGACUGCGAGGUCAAAGAAACCACGUAUCGAGGUGAAGCUGACCAGUAUCCUUCAGCUACGAGAUGAAAUCAGGAAACAGGGGCACCCAAUUUUGACACCAAUAUUUGCGAAUCAUACUUUUGUCGGGAUCCUGGACAACCAGCGAGGACUGAUUCAGAACGAACUCGCGCUGUAUCUGAUCAAUUAUGAAGCAGUCAGUGAGGAGCUCUUUUAUCAGAUCUGCCUGCGGGACUUUUCAAACUUUGGAUUCAUUCGUCUUUCGACACCGGCGCCGAUCAAGGAUAUGGUGUUGAUGGCUCUUGAUGAUGAGCAGGAGUUGAUGGAAAAGAGUGAAUGGCCAGAGGAGCUCAAACCCAAAGAGGAGAUCGCAGAGACAGUUAGGAGUACGCUUGUUAGUCGAAAGGAAAUGCUGCGCGAGUACUUUUCAAUAUGUAUCACCGAUACAGGAGAAUUGUCUGCGAUCCCGAUGAUGAUCAAGGGAUAUAUUCCUAACCUUGAAAAACUCCCAGAUUUUCUUUGGCGACUCGGCUCAGAGAUCAAUUGGGCCGCAGAAAAAUCAUGCUUCCAGACGCUGUCGAGGGAGAUUGCCAUAUUCUACAGCACUCAGCCGGAAAGAGUCGAGGAUCCUCUUGAAGAAGUGGACAGCGAAGGUGAAAACAUGGAUGGUAACAGGAAAUCGUUGCAGGAGCUUCAGGAUGCGCAGUUCCAGCACAUGGUGUCGACACUCAUUUUCCCUGCGUUCAAGAAACAGUUCAUUCCACCAAAAGCACUGAUUGAAAAGUCUGGGGUGGUAGUUCAGGUCGCCCAGGUCAAGGACCUCUACAAGGUCUUUGAACGAUGCUAAGAAUAAAACGACCACACAUCC